GACUACAGAUGGAAGAUGACUGUUAAGCCUUUUGAGAUGGAUCGGAUCAUCUUCUGUGUCUUUUUGGAGGUUGACUACAAGAUUUUCAAGAAGAAAAUGGGCGAAUUUUUCCCUCUAGAUGAUGCUAAUGAAGAUGGGACUAAGCUGAAUGAAGAGACAGGAUUGGAACAAGAAAGCCAGCCUCCAUCUCCCACAAAGAGCAAAGCAGAGCAGCCUGAGGACCUGCAAGAUGAUGCUAAAGGUGAUAACAGCACAGAGGAGAAGCAAAACACCGAGGAAAUGGAGGCCCAGAGUGGAAAAGCAGAGGAGACGAAACCUUCAGCUGUAGCCAGCCUAUCAUCAUCAGAAGAAAUAGAGCUGAGUGAGGAUAAAGACUCCCUCAAAGACUCCAAAGGCACACAGGAGAAUGACCCAGCAUAUCCCAUGGGGUGCGAUCAAGAUGAAGCCAAAGGACAACAGGAGGAUUUAGCAGAGGAGGAGAUGAAAACUGGGGCAGAUGCCCAAACCUCCUGCAUGGAAAUAGAAGAGCCAUUGUUGAACCAAGAAGAAACAACAGAGGUCGAGAUGCCUUUGAUUCGUGGUGCAGAGGAAAAAGAAGAAGGAGGAAAAGAAGAAGGAGGAGGGAUGCAAGAGAAAGAGGAAACAUCUGCAGAGCCUAUGAAAGUUGACCCCGCGUGUGAAGCGGCAGACGUUUCAAAUAAGGAUGAUGAAAUGAAUAGUCAAGUUGAAAGUAUAAAUGAUCCUAAGGAAACAGAGAGGGAAGCUUAAGUAACAGGAAGGAUGCAGGAGAGGAGAGACCCGAGGAAACCAGACGGGCAGGCGCUGACAUCCUAUGGCAUCAUUCUUGGCAGAAAAGAGCACGCAGAGAUGCUCCACGGGUUGGGAGGGAGGGAGCUUUGGGGGAAUGACUCUUUGCUUUAAUUUCUCUUUGUUCUUCAUUGCAUUUCGUUCUGUAAGCCUGUUAGAAAGAAACAUGAGUUCCGAGUUCUAACAAUGUUUUGCAAUUAUCCCUGCAAUUACAACAGUUUCUUCUGAACUGUGGUCCCUGUCUUAUAUUGGGUCUCUUUUCCUCCUGCGUUGUAUCAUGAGUAGCCUGUUUCCAGGCCCACCCCUUUUCUAGCAUCUUUAUCUUGUUUCCCAGUUGCAGUACUGUCUGCAGGCAACCUCUAGGAGCCAGAUUUCUCCUUCCCCUGCUUCCAUUUUUUUAACUCUUCCCUAGGAUAUAAAUGGAAAUCUUCUUUGAGAACAUGAGCUGCCACAAAGGAUUAUAAUCUGCACACACUGAUAAACAACCGCCCUCCUUGUGCUAGAGAUUUGAAACACUAGAUGCUCCAGAAUCUCAGAGAUAUUGAUACAGACAGCCCUGCACGUUGCCCACCUCCAGGCUUGUCGAUGGGCAGCUCCUGCCGGCACCACACAGCAGGUCACCAUGUCCAAACCCUCGCUGCUAGAAGAGGCCGGAUUCCCUUGAGUCUGUGCUAGAAGCAGAGUUUGCACAUUAACUCAAUCAUCCCAAUGCCUCAGGAUCGCCUGAGGCUCUGUCCUUUCCCUUUCCCUUUGGAAUGAGAAAGCUAAACUAUGACCAGCCUGCACUGUGCCAUCUCCUUCUGUGGGUCCUACACAUGAAUAACUCACUGGGCCUUGAGCAAAUCGUUCCUGCUCUUUCCCAGAAAAUCAGUGCUGAAAGUAUGAGCUGUAGGUAUGGGUAGGCAACAGAUACUUCCUCGAUCCUGCAAGUGACAGAGGAUAACAGGCACUCUGCAUUCAAGGCAUCUUUAAAUACAGCUCCCGGCUUUAACAACUUCACACCGUAUCUUGUGUGAGCCCUCAUUAUAUCUUCUACUGCAUAUGCAUGAUCUCUUCCCUUUUUUUUAAUUUUUACAAAAAAGCAAUUAGCAGCUAUUUUGUCUCACCAUAUGUCAAUUGUUCUGCCAGCAAAUGCUGCGCUGAGAUUUUUAGAAAAGGAACAAAAGGGUUUCACAUACAUUUCCCAACCGUGCUGUAACCAGAACCGAUAGACAGUACACUCUGGGGAAGAGCACACAACCCGUGUCCAGGUUGUUUUAAAAUGUGGCUGAUAAUUUGAUCAUUACAUAAGAAAUUUAAUUGAUAUGUUCUUUUUUUUUCCCCAAAUAUGCAUGAAUCCCAAAAUAGUUGUUUACUACCUGCCCAAAACAAAAAAAGAGGGGAGGGAAGUAAAAACCAAGGUAAUAUGUAGCUCUAUCCUCCUGUGAUGUGGGUUUAUCCCAGCUAGAUUUGGUGAUAAAUCAUCUUCUGGUGUAACAGCAAGUCAAAUGUGGCCAUAAUGCACCUAGCACUGGCUACAACAGUUGAUGGCUCCCAUCAGCAGCAGGUUAGUUAGAAAGGGUGUCAUGACAAACAAGGAUUAGAAAGGGAAGCAAGAAAAGCCCCAGAUUUCACUUGGAGAGUACAGCCCCUGAAAAGGCAGCCCCCUGCUUCCUUAUGUGUAGUUCCACCACGUUUGCUUGUGGUGGGAUCAGAAGAGUAUUUCUAUGUGCCAGCUCCUGUGGUAUUUUAACCCAGGUGGCACUUGUGCUACAGAAGAUCUUGAGGAACCUCAUCAUCACAUAUUUGUCCUGGAGAUGAAUGAAUGUAUAACUCUGAAUUAGAUUGACUGUGGAAGGAGUAAAAGAGCUGGUAUAAAAUCCUAUAAAUUGGGUUUAUGAUACUGUUAAAUUUACCUAAAUUUGCUAAAUACCACUCCUCUGGCCCUUGUCCUCCUCAGUGGGAGACCUUGCAUGUAGUACAUCUGCAUGGGUGCAUCCUGUAUGUUCCUGUAUAUUUUCCACAGUGGUUAACUUUGAUUGAAACAGCUUGUCCUAAUGUGUGGGGCAGGAGGGGAUAAAUAACCUCGGGAGGAAGGGGAGUAAAUGCACUGGGCAUCUGUCCUCUCAAUUCCCAUUUUGUGCUAUGGGAAGACCAGGACUGCAGGGCUCCCUCUAUGUAGGUAAGUGAGGGAAUUAAGCCUGCAGGGUGGGAAAUGAACUGGGCAAGCUCAACUUUGAGCUGUGUGAUAUGUUGAGGAGAUCCAAGGUGGGUAGAUCAUCAGGUGCAUCACAUCAGACACUAAUCCCUGACAGUAAUUUCAUUACACUUUUCAUUUCAUCUUGGUCUUCAAACAGCAGUGAGUCUUUGAAACCAUGAACCAAGGAUGGAGCAUCAAAGCAUGAAGCCCAGGUAGGAAGUGUAAAGCAAGCAAACGUAGGAGUUGAUAAAGUCUAUACAGGACAAUUUGCAGCUGUGUCUGUAGGUAUUUUUCUUCAGGUGUGUUUUGCUUUGAGGUGUGGGGGGUUUUCACUAGUCAUAAAGUGAGUAUAGUUUGGCAGCAUGAAUUCUUCAGCUGAGUUAGUAGUUGGGGCUGGAGCUGUGCCCCUCGAUGCAGUCUCCACCAUUCUUGCUGGAGCUGCAGAGAUGCAGGGAGAUGAUUCUAUGGAAGAGCAAGAUUCAUAUCAAAUCACCCCACAGGGACUGAUACCAAGGAUUUUGUUUUAAACCCAAGAUGUGUUUGCAGUAGGUGGCGUAAAGGAGCUAGCAACCCUUUGGUGCUGAUGUUUGCAUACAGAGUAUCAGGCUCUGCUUGAUGGUUGUUUCUCCUAUGUCUGGAAGCACUCAUCCCUACCAUUAGGCACAAUAUUCCUCAGGCUGUGACUGCUGCAAUGAGGAAUGGGUUUCCUUCCACACAGACAUCCAAAGGGGAUGUUUGAGAGAGUCUGUAAUAACAGGUCACACGUUUGCUGCAACUAAUUGUCAAUCUUCCUCUAGAGCACUGAGAAAGCUUCUCUGUGAAUUAACACUGUUCUGCUUAAGGCACUUGAAUAAAAAUAUAAUUAAAACAACAACAACCACAAAGACUUUUCUCUAUAUGCUGUGCAUGCCGGCUUUGCUUUUGGAAUUACAAACUUAACAGAGUAUGCAGAUCUAUUUUCUUGGGGAAUAAGGGGGUUUUUUCAUAUGGUUCAUCCAGGAUUUGCCUUACCCUGACAUUUGUGAUAUAAAGGAACAUUUUAAGAAAAUAAUAAUUAAA